UGUAGUAAGAAAUAAUAAAAUGUAAAAUUUGUUAGGUGGAAAAUUAUGAUAAGGGUGAAGUGCACAAAAUGGAAUACUUGUUCCUGUUGGCAGUAAAUCCGACGUCGAUUUGUUCUCAACCGUCGAUCUAAACAUCCCUUGGGAUCACAUGGUGGGCGAAGUUAAUCGGUUGUUCAGUCGCAGUGCGGUGGCGGGAAGAGAUGCAGAAAAUGGAUAGCAACAAACCCGUCCUCAAGGCUUCAUCUCUUAGAUGGAAAAUUCUCCGGCAAGCGCUUAUUCCUCGUUCUUCCUCCCGCAAUGAGGAUCAGUCUGAAAUCGACACUAAGCAUAUUUCUAGAAGGGCGAAAAACGGCUUCAAUUUGAUUCCCUCAUCUAUAACGGACGACAUUGAAGACGAAGGCGCGGGUGGUUUUUCUGUCUCUCAUUGCUACGAUCACCGUCGGGAUCGUCGCGUGUGCUACACCUUGCCUAUUGAUGGAGCCCCCAAACUUUUCCUCAAGCAAAGAAUGGACGAUGUUGCCGACCUUGAUGACUUCAAGAUCUGUAAUAAAUAUGACAUUGACAACACCGGACUUGUUUGUCAUUGGCCAUCAGAAGAUGUUCUUGCUUACUUCUGUUUGUUGCAUCGGGACCUAUUUAGAUGUAAGAGAGUUAUUGAACUUGGAUCUGGCUAUGGCUUGGCUGGAUUAGUUGUUGCUGCAAGUACGGAAGCAUCAGAAGUGGUUAUCACAGACGGAAAUCCUCAAGUAGUUGAAUAUAUUCAACAUAAUACAGCAAUGAACUCUAAAGCAUUUGGUGGCACCAGAGUGGAUUCUUUGACAUUGCAUUGGAAUCAGGAAAACAUCUCAAAUGUAUCCGGCAGUUUUGAUCUCAUUAUCGCCAGUGACUGCACUUUUUUUAAAGAAUACCAUAGAGGUCUUGCUCGAAUGGUCAUGUCCUUGUUGAAGAAAGCGGAGUCAUCAGAAGCUAUAUUUUUCAGCCCCAAAAGAGGUGACUCACUCAUGAAGUUCCUAGAGGAAAUCAAAGCCGAUGGCUUGCAUUUCAGUGUGACAGAGAAGUAUGAUGCUGAAGUUUGGAAACUACACGAGAAAUUCUCUAAUGGUGAUGACUCCUGGCCAGGAUAUGAAAAGGAUCAUUGUUAUCCACUAUUGGUCAGAAUUACUUUCUGAACUCUUAUUGUCCAUUACAUUUCCACUUUUUCCCCAGCCAUUUAGUCAUCAAGAAGUUACCUUCUCAUCCACCCACCUUGAUUUAUAGACAAAGCGUUCAUAAUUCAUAGUUUCCAUGCAUUAGAGUAAACAAAGCUCUUCUGUUCUGUCAAAAGGACGAUGCCGAUGCAGAAGAAUGGCAACAGCAGGGUCCUUCCUAUUUCUGUAAGAAUCAACUUAUCUUUCAUUUUAGUUGAAAUUGUUGGAUACCUGUUAUUAAAUAUGAUAUGGCUCUGAUAACCAAUUGUGAUUGAUUUGGGCCCGUUUUAAUAUGUAGGCUAUCCUAGUAGCCCUUUUCAA